UGUGUGUAAAACAAAAUAGCUAAAUACCAACCUCAACGAUGACCCGAAAGUGCAUCUGUGAGAUUUGUAACUGUGGGCGGCAUCACUGCCCACAUAUGCCAACAGGAUUCCACGACAAAACUCUGCAGCCUUGUAUGCUGACUGAAUACCAUGAAAAAUACCCUUCAUAUGGAGAUAUCAAACCCAGGGAAAACUACAAACCAAAACCUGAAAUUUCAUCUAAACGUGGCAAAAUGGACGGAACAUCAACAUUUAGAACAGAUUAUAUACCUCAUGAAAUCACACAGCGACCACAACCAAUGCAACAUGAUUACAGACCAAAAUCUGGUGAGAUGGAUCACCAUACAACUUAUAAGGUAGACUUCAGUCCUCACAAGAUUAAGCCUGCCAAAAGUAUACGUCCUCCACAACCAAAACCUGGGAAAGGAGGAAGAAUAGACACUGUACCGACGUACAAAGAUGAUUACCGUCUAUGGGACAUUCCCAAAAGAAAACCUAAACCUAUGGAACCUUACUGCCCACCUACAUCACGGUUUGGAAAUCCAUCUACAUUUCAAGAUGACUUUGGUCCCAAAGGAUAUGCACUAAGGGAGAGUUUCAAACCACCUGAUGCACCUAGGGUAUCUGAUGUUCCCUUUGAUGGCCUAACAAAUCACAAAAUCGCUUAUGUUCCUCAUCCGCUGGGGGAGCGAUAUGUUAGACCACCAGAUGAAUACAAACCAAGUGACACACCUUUUGACAGCACCACCACUCACCGCCGUGAUUUCAGGGGACUGCAUGGAGAUCCGACCAAAAGCUUUAAACCUGAUCCUGGCAAGAUAGGAUCAGAUGCACCUUUUGAUGGCAACUCAGAAUUCCGUGAUCGUUUUCAAGCAUGGCCCAUCACCUUGCCAUAUGUCCACAAACAUCCAGAUUAUGUGCAACCAGAAGGUCCAAUGGAUUUGAAUAGUACUUCCCACCUUGAUUAUGUUGGGUAUAAAGUCAAGCCACCAACUCCAUUCAAACCUGUGUUAACAAGAAGGGUCCAUGCUCCCUUCCAAGGGAGUACCACAAUGAAAGAUGACUUCAAAACAUGGGAUGUAAAAAAACCAGAGAUAAUCAAAAGAGUUGAAGAAAUGGGAAUACCAAAUGCAAAGUUUGAUGGAUUAACAACCUUUAAAGCUAAUUAUGUUCCUCAUCCAAUUAAACCAACUCAAAGCUUCAAACCAUCAGACACUCCUCUACAUAGUUCAAUACCAUUUGAUGCUGGAACCUUGUAUCGUACUGAAUAUACACCAAAGAGGCUAGAAAUCUGUCCUGCCAGCUAUCCAACUCCACCAGGCUAUGUCUAUGAAAGCACUGAUGCACGUGGUCAUAAAUUCUUCCACAAGAUGACCCCAUCAGAGGAAAAGCUGGCAGUGUCAAAUGAAAUGUAUCUUCCAAAGGAAGUAGCUGUAGCAUCCUAACAUUUUCAGAUGUAACUUCUGAUCUUAAAUUAUGUUGUUUUCCUAUAA